AUGACCGGUUAUUUACCUGUUGGUUUUGAAUAUGGUGUUGAAAUAACUUAUCCGGAAAAUGAAGCAAUAUCAAGUAGUUUAUUGAAUGUCAGCGCACAGGUAUUCGGAUUAUGUGUAACACAAUUACAAGAAUAUUUAAUAUUUAAAAAAGAAAAAAUUCUUGAAUCUAAUAUCACGUUAUGUGGUGCAUUACUAGUUGGUGCAAUUAUAACAGUACUUAUUCGUUCUCCUCUACGACGACAAAAUGCUCAACAUAAUGUUCAUGUUUUAAUUGAUAAUAAUACCUCAACUGGGGUUGUUUCAACUACGGAUUCUACAGUUAAUGCGUGA